GCGGCGAGGAGCCUGAGCGCCACGGCUCAAAAGCUGGCGACGGCGCUCGCGGGCGAGCGGCGAGCGCUGAGCAAGGCGAUCACGCUCGUGGAGUCGGCGGCCGAGAAAGCUGCGCUGACACAUAAGCCGGCGGCACUGCCGCCGCCAGCGGCGCCUGCGCCACCGGCGCCUGCGCCGCCGCCGCCAGCGGCGCUGGCCAGUGACGCCGACAGGGCCCGAAUCGAGCAGUCCCUCAUGAACUACUACGGCUACGAGUUCCGCGAGGGGCAGCGGGAGGUCGUGGAGGCCGCGCUCGCCGGCAAGGACAUCGCUGUCUUCUGGGCGACGGGCCGCGGCAAGUCCAUAUGCUACCAGCUGCCCGCGCUGCACACGGGCCGCACGGUGGUCGUCGUGUCGCCGCUCAUCUCCCUGAUGACCGACCAGGUCGAGCGCCUCAACAACGCCGUCGGGCAGGGGCGGCGCCAGCUGGCGGCCUUCUGCGGCUCGGCGCAGUUGGACAAGGACGUCGAGCGGCGCGCCUUCGACGGCGAGUUCCCGCUCGUGUUCAUGUCGCCCGAGAAGCUCAUGGCCGAUGGGCUCGACCGCCUGGCGCAGCUGCACGCGCGCAAUCCCCUGCUGCUCUUCGCCAUCGACGAGGCGCACUGCGUGAGCGAGUGGGGGCACGACUUUCGGCCGCAGUACCGCCAGCUGGGCGAGCUGCGCCAGCGGAUGCCGACCGUGCCGAUCAUGGCGCUGACCGCCACGGCCGUGCCGAACGUGCAGCGGGACAUCGUGCGCUCCCUCGCGCUGCAGAACCCGUACGUGCAGAAGCAGUCGUCCUUCCGCCCCAACCUGGCCAUCAAGGUGUCGCGCAAGCAGGCGGGGCUCGCAGAGAGCCUGGGCGGCCUCGUGCAGGAGCUGCUCGAGAACAACGGCGCCGCGGUGGCCUCGUCGACGCUCAUCUACGUGCCCACCACGAACGAGGCCGAGAGCGUCGCCGCAUUCCUGCAGCACCGCCAGAUCAACGCCGACUUCUACCACGGCAAGCGCGACGCCAAGGAGCGCGAGAGCGUGCACGUGCGCUUCCUCUCGGGCCAGCUGCCGGUCGUCUGCGCGACGGUGGCCUUCGGCAUGGGCAUCGACAAGCCCGACAUCCGGCGCGUCGUGCACUACGGCGCGCCCAAGACCGCAGAGGAGUACUACCAGCACAUCGGGAGAGCCGGGCGCGACGGCGGUCCCGCGCGGUGCGAGAUGAUCGCGAGCGACGCCGACUUUGCCAAGUACAGCGGCGAGUUCUACACCAAGGGCCUGCCGCACGGCCAGGUGGAGCGCGUGCUCGAGUCGACCGAGAAGCUGCGCGGCUACGCCAACAACACGAGCGACUGCCGGUGGGUCGCGCUGCUCCGCCUGAUGGGCGAGACCGCGCCCUUUGCGGCGUGCGGCACGUGCGACAACUGUGUGCGGCGCAAGAAUUUCGCG